AAUUUUCAUUUCAAGGAUAAGCAUAGAAAGUUUAAACGGUAUGGCGAUCCGAAAGCAGCUGAUUUUCUCCUUCUUCAUCCUCCUCUCUUUCUCCACCGUCGCACUUGCCGAUGAGGAAGACUGCGUUUACUCGAUGUACGUCAGAACGGGAUCCAUCAUAAAAGGCGGAACCGACUCCAUCAUCAGCCUGAAACUCGAAGAUCUCAACGGAAACUCCGUCGAGAUCAGCAACCUCGAGACUUGGGGCGGGUUAAUGGAGCGGGGGUACAACUAUUUCGAGAGGGGUAAUUUGGACAUUUUCUCCGGCAGGGGACGUUGAUUGGCCGGCCCUGUAUGUUCCAUGAACUUAACGUCGGAUGGUUCGGGCUCGGGCCAUGGAUGGUACUGUAACUACGUGGAGGUCACCAUGAUCGGCGUUCAUACGAGUUGUAGCCAGCAGCUGUUCACGGUGGAGCAAUGGCUGGCGCUGGACACUUCACCGUACAGCCUCACCGCCGUCAGGAACUACUGUGCCACGGAGUCUCCUGUUGAUGGGAAGUCUAGCUCUACCAUGUGAUCUGAAUAUGAGGCCUGUGAUAUGAUGAUUGUAAAAAUAAUAAUGUCUGAUUAGAACGAAGGGUCCAACUUGAUUUCGUUUGAUCUGCCAGUCUCAUCAUGUAAUGGGAAAGUUUGGUUUCCAACAUGUUUUUUUUACUUUUUACCACGUUAAUGUAGUCGGUGUUACUGCUCA